UGUUCAGUAUAUCCAGCACCAGGAAGAAUUAGUGUGUAAUUCAUAGUACUGUCUGCCAAUAGCUGUCAUGUUAAAAGACAUGGACUGAUAGUGAGUAAAUCCAGCGACUGUUCCAGCUACACAGCACUCGGGGUGCACAGACUAUGUUGCCAGAGGUCACUCUAUAGAGCAGGUCGGAUCAUAUAGAAUAAUUAUUUCAGAAUAUCCUAACAUCGGCAGCAAACAUGUCUAUUGAAGACAUCAGUAUGAGCUCUGCGGAUCUAGGAAAGCAAGAAGACCUGGAUGCAGGUGGAUUUGGCAUGGUGUCUUUGUGCUUGCAUCGAAAUGGAGAGCUAGUUGUAUUGAAAAAAGUGUACACGGGAUACAGGAGUUUUGAGGACAGAAAUGCACUUCUGGAAGAGGGAAAACUUAUGCGUCAACUCAAUCAUGAGCGAAUUGUGAAGCUACUUGGUGUCAUUUUAGAAAAUGAAAACUAUUCUUUGGUGAUUGAAUACAUGCAGAAAGGAAAUCUACUGUCUGUCUUAAAACAGGUUGCUGUCCCAUUGUCUAUAAAGACACGUAGUAUUUUGGAAAUUAUAGAAGGCAUGAAAUACCUGCAUAGUAAAAAUGUUGUACACAAGGAUUUAAAACCAGAAAACAUAUUAGUGAACAAUGAUUUUCACAUAAAGAUUGCAGACCUUGGUUUGGCUACACUGAAAACAUGGAGCAAGCUUACUAAAGAUGAGACUAAUCGACAAAAGAAAUGCCAAAAAUCAAAUAGCAAGAUGAAAGCGUGCAAUGCUGGGACAUUGCUUUAUAUGGCCCCAGAGCAUUUAAAUUCUAUUCAUGUAAGAGCCAGUGAGAAGUCAGAUGUGUACAGCUUUGGUAUCGUUAUUUGGGUGAUCUUUACGAACAAGGAACCUUAUGAAGAGGCACUUAAUGAUUCACAAUUAAUUAAAUGUGUCUCGGAACGCAUGGAAAGGCCACUCCUUGAAGACUUACCAGAGAACUGCCCAGAAGAAGCCACAAAUCUCAUGAAACAAUGCUGGGACCAUAACCCAGAGCGUAGGCCUACUUUUCCAGAAUGUGAAAAUCAAUUUCGAGAAUAUUACACCAGCAAUCAAUUGCAAUAUGUUUCAGAAGAUGUGGCUAAGCUUAAGGUUGAUUUUCCUAAUCCACCCAUGUCUAUUCAACGGAUGGUUUCCUUGCAACCAGAUUGUGAUGCAGAACCACCAAGCGUCCCACUGACUGGUGAACCUCAUUCACUACAUAGCUCCCAACCCUUGCAUGACACAGAAUCUGAGAAUGAGCUGUUCUUUGCACCUAUUUCAAAUGAUCCCGAGGAAAGUGAAGACGUGAGACCUGAGGACUUUUUGUCAAGAAAACUGCAGGACGAAAUUAACUAUCAUCAAACGGGUAGCCGCCUUGAUACUGAAGCAAGCUCUGCUUAUACCCCGCUUCCAGUUCAGGCUACUGGAAUGGGGAGUAUGAACAAUUCAUAUCGUCCAGUGAGCGUUGAAUCUGGUUUUGAGUUCCUUCCAAAAACACCUGAUGUUUCUUCACCUUACAAUCAUGGAAAUAUAAUGCGAAGCCAGGAGAUGUAUGCCUCUAAUUCACAAGACCAAAGUUACAUGCCACAUUCCACUCAACACAGCACACCAGUUGGUCACUACAAACUUUGGAGCAUGCCACCCCAAUAUCAUACACCACUACCACCACCACAUUCAAAGACAGUUUUGCAAAGACCAGAGAAUAUUGCUUACCUCUAUGGUCAGAAAGCACCAGUGCCAGAAUGUCCAAUAUCCGUUAAUUAUGGCAUAGGACAUCAACCAUAUGCACAUCCUGUGGAUACAAAUCAAGCAGCAGUGAAAUUUUCAAAUCUUAGUAUAUCAAAUGCUAAAGCUAUUCAAAUUGGAAACAGUAAUGUUAUGAGCAUUGGAGGAGAAAGGCCCAGAAACACUUACCAAACCAGACAUCAGAACAAUGGAACCUACAAUGUGCAUCAAGAUCUUCUUGAGUCCACAAAUCUUAUUACUGAAGAACAACUACAAUUUCUGAGAGACAAUUUGUCCAGAAAAUGGAAAACGUUUGCUCGCAAACUUGGCUUCCGUGAGGCAGAGAUUGAGGAAAUUGACCAUGAUUAUGAACGAGAUGGACUAAGUGAAAAAGUACAUCAGACAUUACACAAAUGGCAAAUGAAAGAAGGCUCCAAAUAUUCCACAGUCGGAAAGGUGGCAAGGGCUCUAAAUAUGAUGGGAGAAACUGAGCUUCUACACCAGUUUCUCAACGUGAAUACAAACCGUUAAUUAGCUGGAGACGUUUGUAUGGCGUGAAGUAGAGCAAUGUGACACAAAUGUUUUAUUGAAUAAUAUUUGAUUGAGGCUUAAUAUGAGUUACAAUAGUUGAGGAACUUUUGUGGAAAAAAUACUACCUGUCACAAUCACAUGCACUGUAAAUCAGUUGUGGGAGUUUGGGGAAUUUAACUUAUUAUUUUUUUAUUUUU